AUGGCCUUUCCCGGGAAGCGAGGGGUGGGGGCGGCCCGUGGUGUCUGCCUACUGUGGCCCUGGGGGCGGCUGGCGAAGCACCCGCGAGCGGGCGAGCGGAGCUCCUGGUGCAGGAAAGUAUGGACCGGUGGAGCGGGCUCACCUGGCCUGGGAGUGCGGUUUGGCCGACUGAGGGCGGGUCCUCUUGUUUUUCUGCAAAAGCUGACCGGCCGGUUUUAUGCUCAAACUCCCAGUUUCCAAGUGUUGACAAGAUGCUUUGUGCCUCCCUCCCUCGUCUCUCCUCAUUGUGCUGAAGAAGAAACACAUACUGGAGAAUAUUUACCCCACUUAGAAAAAACAUUUAACGUGGCACUCUGGGGAUCCAAGGAUUACUGCAGUUUAUGGAAGAAGCUUCUGAACCUGUCCACGUGGGGAAGUAUAAAGGCCGUGAACCCCAGCAGGUCGCUGUUCCUGCUCUACGCCCUCAAGAGCUCCCCCAGGCUCGGCCUGCUGUACCUCUACCUGUUCGACUACACGGACACCUUCCUGCCCUUCAUCCACACCAUCUGCCCUCUGCAGGAAGGCGGCUCCAGCGAGGACAUCAUCACCAGGCUGCUGGAUCUGAGGGAACCCACGUGGAAGCAGUGGAGAGAAUUCCUGGUGAAAUACUCCUUCCUUCCGUACCAGCUGAUUGCCGAAUUUGCUUGGGACUGGCUGGAGGUCCAUUACUGGACGUCACGGUUUCUUAUCGUCAAUGCCAUGUUACUCUCAGUUCUGGAAUUAUUCUCCUUUUGGAGGAUCUGGUCAAGAAGUGAACUGAAGACUGUGCCUCAGAGGAUGUGGAGCCAUUUCUGGAAAGUGUCCACACAGGGGCUUUUUGUGGCCAUGUUCUGGCCCCUCAUCCCUCAGUUUGUGUGCAACUGUCUCUUUUACUGGGCCCUGUACUUUAACCCAAUUAUUAACAUUGAUCUUGUGGUCAAGGAGGUCCGACGGCUGGAAACCCAGGUGUUGUGACCACCGCUGCCCGGGCUCCGAGGGACUCUUCCGCCUCCCCGCCGGCCCAGCUCGGAUGCUCAGGCGCGGGAGAGAGCGGGCUUCCUCCGUUCUGCCCCGAGGACACGAGGUGCUGCUUGGUCUGUCAGAGGCUGCAGCCGCCCCUCUCUCCCUCUGCCUGUGGCAGCAACGAUCGGCGGCCCAGAGAGUGGCCGACAUGGCAGCAGCACCUCCCACCCAGCCGCCCUCCUCGCAGGGACUCGGGAGGCGCAGCCCACGACAGCUGGCAAGGACCCGGGAGGACCCGGACUGGGUCGCACCCCCCUUGCCCUAAACUGUGAUGGGCAAAAGGCUCCUGGGGCACAUCGGAGCCCUGAGACCAAGCCCAGGGCCAGCCUGUCCUCUAGGUCAAGUUUAGGAAAACAGGAGGUUUUAUCAUAGGCAUAGGCAGUCGCACAUAAAACGUUCAGAGGAAAAACCAAAAUCCGGUCAACAAUCCUGUCUCACUGAAGAUGGCUAGGAGGUCUCAGGGGGAAACCUGAAAAAGGAUUCUGUUUGAGACGAGGAUGACGGCUCCACUUGUCAUCCCUGCUUGCUGCUUGUAAUCGUAGAAAGUCAGGAACCCUGUCUCAGAAGGGAUUGAGUGGGAUGACAGGCAGCUAAUGGAGAGCAGUUCACAUCAGGCUGAAGUGCCUCAGGGCUACCCAAAGUUGUUGUUUUACGGGGUUGCUUGUUGUUUUGCUUUUUGAUUUUUUUUUUUUUUUUUGUCCACACCCACAUCAGGCGGAAGUUCCCAGGCCAGGGAUCAAACCUGCGCCGUGGCAGGCACCCAGGCCCCUGCAGUGACGAUGCUGGAUCCUUCACCUGUUGUGCCAUAAAGGAACUCCUGCGUUUAGUUUUUAAGGAUUCAGUCUAAAAAUCCAGGCUAGUCCAUUUGUUUAAGGAAACGUUUUGUACAUUGACCUCACACUGUAUAAUCUUUAUUAUCCUAUUCUGAUAUGCCAAACAACAAGUAUAACUACACCAAGUGCUGUAAUUGUAGAUACGAGAGGAACUAUGGCUGUUGACUUCCUUCCAGUGUGACAACAGCAGGUGUGAAUUGUGAUACAUCUGAAGACUGGCCCUGCAGAGAUGAGCUUGCAUCCAAAGUGUUUUUUGGUGACUCCAUGAACUAUUCAUUAACCCUUUGUAUCUUUGACGAUUCCACCCCACCUUUACAUCUGAAAGUUUGAAGAAAUUACCUGAAACUAAAAUAAAGGUUUUAUAUAUAUAUA